AUGCGACGGAACGCGAAGGCAUCCGCGGCCACCGGGCGUGUCACGUUGGCGAUCCUGGUGUCGCUGGCCACCGUCGGGGCCGUGCCGACAUCGGUGCUAGCAGACUCGAAGGCAGCCAACGGUAACAGACCUGUGACGACGUCGCCCGAGCUGAAUCAACUGACCACCGACGAAGUGACGUACGGCGAUGAUAAGCCAUCUAACCCGCAGAAACGUGGAGUGAACCCAUUGCUGUACCGCGAGGCCGAACUUCGGAACGACUUCUCGGGUAACUCCAUCCCGCAGAACGGCGUUUGGGAGGACGUCGAGGUACCGCUCCAGAGCCUCCCGUACCCGAUGGAGAUGUUCGAUGCCGUCGGCGAGCCGGGUCCUCCGUUCGAGCACGGCGCUCACGGCGCACGGACGUACGACGUGCUCCAGAGUCUGCUGAAUCGUCCGUCGGCGUACAAUCCGCUGCUGGUCGGAUCCACCGGUGGUGAAGGUUUUCCGGCGCUUCGGCUACACACCGGCGGCCGUUCUUCGUACGGCGAGCGCAGGAAGCGUACCUCGUCGGUGGGACCAGCGUUGGGCGGAAAACCUCAUUCCCACUCGAUGCGACUGAAGCGCAACUCCCCGAGCAAACUGUCCCCGGCGGAAGUGUUCUCACUGCUCGCCCUCAUGGACUCGCGCAACCAGUACCGUCCGCUUCCCCCGCUGUCCGACUACGCAACGGAUUCUGGCAACGACGUCCUCGGCUACGCCCCUUCGAACGGACUGUAUCCGGACGUUUCGUUUCCGAUGGCACUGGACCAGCUGCUCGGUGGGCGGACGAGUGCGGGUGGGAUGCCUCAGGAUGCCUAUGCCUAUGAAGAUGCCGGUGAAUGGAUGAACAGCUGGACCGACCCGUCGGUCGACUACCUGGGGCUUCCGAUGGCCGACCUGGACGCGCUCGGUUCGUUCCACGAUGGCAAAUCAUUUGGAUCCGCGAAUGGCUACCUGCCCCAGAAACGGUUCAUGGUGGCGAAGAAGAAACGCAGCGUCCCACAGGUGGCCAAACCCGUCCCGGUAGCACCCGGCUGCAAGGCGGGCGAUGCGUCCUGCGGAAGCUUCCAGCACGGAACGAUUCAGGCAGCCGCUUAAACACACAACCCCGGCAACUAAUGGCAACCGAAACUGUACCGACGCAAACCAAACCAAGGACUACGAGAAUCCGGAACCACAAAUCAGUGUACCAGUGUUUACCUAUCAUUGUAUUACCGUUACGUAUGGCAACUAUCCAAAGCAUCCGACAAAAAUUUGAUGAGGCACAUUUAAGCGCAUAAUUACCCAACUUCCCUGCUGCAAAACCUUACUCUGCCUGGCCGGGUCCAAGUGGGCCGAGUCACAACCUGUUUGCACCUUUCUCUACGCCUGUUUGGGAAUGGAAAAACGAAACAGUUCAACUGGCGAUCACUAGUUGCUUUUUUACUAAGGCUUUCUUCUAAUAAUUUCCGAGGACUCGGGUGGUAUCCACCUGGUUUGCCACGUGACGGACCGGAAACGAAUUCGUUUCAUCCACACGAGGCACAGGGUGGAUUCGCAAACACAGCCUGAGUUGUUAAGCCACCCUCCUCACCCUUAACUAAUCGGUUUUCUUGCUCGGUACGACACUCUAUCAAAGAAGCAGGUAACCAAAUCAGAUGCUACACGUAUUGCUCGACUUCCAUUUUCUCAACGUUGAAUGGCUACCAUUGCAGAAGACAUCCAUGUAUUGCUCUAGUGGAUUCGUAUACUACCCAACAAUUGUGAAGGCACAACUAACGACUAAGAUUAAUAUGAUGAUGUUGAAGAAAAUACCAUGUACUACAAUGUAUUAACUUAUACACAACACAACUAAUCGAUGUAUACCGCACACGGCAUCAUAACCGGUUCUAUGUGACCGAUUAUAAAUGUAUUCAUAUUUAUAUAUAUUUAUAUUUACAUACCAAUAUACACCUGAACGUUAGGUGUACUGAUCGUAGAAACAAAAAACCAAAAAGACAAACUAGAAACUGCUCUUCUAUUAGCAUAAACACACGGUUCGCACAAACCGUCGCUAAGCGCAUGAUAACAUGACAAGAAACUGGCUCAGAGGUAAAUAAUUUUUAGCGUAGUAAGAUAAACUAAUCAUAAAUAGCAAGAAGCAAACAAGAGGCAAAAAGUAAAGCACACACUCCCAACACAAAUACGACCAUACCCGUGUGGGGGAGAACCUUCCAACUAUUAUUACAAUUAUAUCGUAGCGAAUUGACUUUAGAAACUGUCUUUAUAUUAUCACCAGUGGUUAAUAAACUAAUAAAUCAAACCUACAUAAAUGUAAGCAUCACAUACUGCAGCAAACAUUCGACACCGUUUGUACACUAUACGAGUUGAACCGUUGCUAGCACUUCAACGGCAGCUCCUAUAGGCCAGACAAAGAAACCACGAAACUAACAAAAGUUCAAACAUUCAAAACACGACACACGACGCGUACGCAGACGGAAAACGUUCUCACGGAGCAGAAACACUGAACAGAAUAAAACAUGAAAACACACACACACAAACUUUUGUAGCAGAAACUCCUUUUUCUCGGGACUAAUGAUAAAGGAGAGACAGAUAAAACGAUCGUCGGAACACAAACCCCGGCCACACGCCGUCCGUGGCGCUUGGCCAGGAUGGGAAAGACUUCAACUAGAGUGUAGAAGAGAAGAAAAUCUAAAGGCCGGCCUUGGGAUCCAUUGCAUUGUUUCCUAGGCCGCUGUAUCCUCGGCAGGGAGGAAAACUUGGGACGAAAGGUGUAUACAGAAUGAGAAGAAACAAAUAAAAGACGCGAAAAAGGAAAUCUGUUGACGUUCAAACCAUUACGAGAAAAAAACAAUAUCAAAAUUCUUUUGCCGCCAUUUUUGGUGGAAUUAAUUUCACACAUCAUGUUAACGCUGUUUUUUUGUACUAGCGGGAUUUUUGUCUUUGUUUAGAGCCAACAGUAUCAAUUGUUGAACAAUAUUUUGUUAACCAGGAAUUCCAGUGGUUUGAUUUUGUUACUAACUGAACCGUAUUCAAUUACACAAAUUUUUCUUUAAGAACUAAACACA